AUGGGGGUUGCGCUCCUCCACUCCAUUCUCACGCACCCGUCGGCCACGGUUGACGACAUAGCAGAGUUGACAACCUUCGACGCUGGAGAGGGCGAAGAAAUGGCAAACAUUUUUCAUGAAAUCUUCUCGUGGAUUGUCAUCAUGCCGUGCGGUGUAACAAGACAUCGAGGGAGUGCGUUGUCUGUGCUUGUUGAGGGGGCUACAACGUUCUUGACGAACGCUGUCCAAUCGAGGAAGUACGACGACGUGGCUCUAGCAACGGUUAGCACCUGUGUGGACACUGAGAUUCUGCUCGAGGCACUGAGUGAAGAUAACACUAUGGUGUCGAUCGAUGAGAAGCAGCAGCUCUGGUCCAUGUUGCUGUACUUCGACAGCCGCACGGUAACAUCCCGGAUUCUGGAUCUCGACUUCUUGGACAGAGCGGUCUUCUCUCGGCUGAUUGGUCCUGGAAUCCAUGCAGACGACCAGCUCAAUACCCUCGACCGAAGACUGGAGGCAGUGUUACUUCUGGAGGUGCUCGUAUGGGCCGCGUCACGUCGAGGGGAAAGUGUCAACACGCAGAUGCUGUUCGCCGAAGCCUGCAAACUUGUGCUACACCACGACAUCAUCGGUAAAGAGGCGCACUCUGUACGCAAAGCCCUCGAUUCGAGUGGCACAAGUCGUAGUAAACACGUUGCGGUGUCCAAGCGCGUGAUGCAGCUCGCGUGUUGCCUGUGCGUCGACUUUUCGUCUCAAGCUGCAAGUAGCGUGUUCCUCGAGCACUUCGAAUCCGUGGGGGUUCCACCGUGGGUCGUCGCCUUUCACCAGGCGCAACAUGUUAAGCUUGACGGAGUGAGCAACGAGCAGCAACUUGUCACCCGUGUCGAGCUCUUUUGGAAAGAUUGGCAGGGCUAUGGAGCCGUGACGACGAGAUCUCUAACUCGUAACAAGGUCUUCGAGCCCUCACGCAAGAGCAAAUCGGAGCAACGCAUUGUCAAAAUUGCACGGCGAGUUCAGCGUUCUGCCUCCCAAACAUCAGAGCGUCCACACGCUGGGGUUGAAACUGAAAUAUUGGAAUCGGACGACGAAGUCUCUGGAGCCAAGUUGGCCAGGCCCCUGGUAUCAGUGUCGCCCGUCAAGACGGUUAGCACCUCCAAGCCAAGCGAGACUGAAGCUCGGAACAGAGUUGCCACCACGAAGGGACCUAGUGUCAUCCACACUCUGUUGAGCAUCGACGCAGAUUCAGCUCCCCGCCUCGUAAAGCAGGGGUCGGCCGCGCUUGAAAAACCCAAUCGAAGACGACAACGAGAGGCUGUUGAAGACGAUGAAGACGCUCUGGACUCGGACGCGUACUCCCCAUUGCCAGGCGACACCAGCUCAUCGGAAGACGAACGUCAACGACGGGCACCGCGCAAGUUGAGGACUAAUAGGAAGAAACCUCCAAAGCAGAAGAAGCCGGUAGAGGCGAAAGACAACGAGAGCAAAUUGGAGUGUGGCAGCGGGAGUGAGGACGGCAGCAGCUACGACGAGCGACCGCCCAGAACUCGGCUAAGCCCUGCCACCUCAACUACCGACCGGCAACACGAGGCACUGCGCGCGAUCUUCCGCAAGUACGACGUGGACGGCGACGGCGUCAUCAGCUUCAUCGACCUGCGGCGGGCCAUGGACAAGCUGACGGCGGGGCAGGGCCAUCGCCUCUCGGACCUGGAGAUCCAGCGGUGGAUCACCGAGAAGGACAGAGGAGGACAGGGCGUCGUGAGCUUCGAGGACUUUGCCGAGGCCUUUAAAGGGCAACUGCAACUGUAA